UUAAGCUGAAACUGUGCAGCGCUACUGACCUUCACCUUCUAUUGCAAAAAAGAGAGCCUUCAUCGCGUAAAUUCAACCAUUCAUCAUCUAAAACGAAGCCUCUUUUUUAUGAGGAAAAACUUGCUUAUUGCACCGACCACUAAUUAGCAGAUUCAGGCGUUUCAAUGAACGUAAACUCAUUCAUCGGAGGCUUAGAUGCGCAAGAGCAUUGCUUGUCCAGAGCCUGCGGCAGUCGUGAUCCGACCUUUGCAACGAGAGGACGUGCCGACCAUUCUCUCUCCAAUCGGCUACUGGCCGAAAACGAUCGCGGGUGAAUUUAAAAAUAAUAUUUUUUAAAUUUGGAAUUUUGUGUCAUCUCUUGGAAUAAGAGAAGAUAUCCAAAGGCAGUCGGUGACAGCAUAAAAUGCAGGAGAGCCUCUCAUGACAUCGGCGUUGAACUGAAGAAUAAUGGCGCUGUCAAACAACUCCAUCUCGAGGACCUACCAAAGGCUCUUCGUAGAUCUAGCUGAUCCCCGUACCAACGACUGGUUCCUGAUCACCAGCCCGAUCCCGGGACUGACCAUCAUCGGACUAUACCUGUACUUCACGCUGAAAUGGGGCCCGCGGUACAUGGCCGACAAGAAACCCUUCCAGCUCCAGAAAACGCUGGUGGUGUACAACUUUAUACAAGUCAUUGUCAGCUGCUGGUUGUUCUUUGAGGGCCUAGACGCGGGUUGGUUGCGGACUUACAGCUGGAAAUGUCAGCCAGUCGACUUCUCCCGGUCGCCGGAAGCAAUGAGAGUCGCCAGAGGCGUCUACAUCUACUUCCUUGCAAAGAUAUCCGAACUGCUAGAUACAGUUUUCUUCGUCAUCAGGAAAAAAGAGCGGCAGAUCACGUUCCUCCAUUUGUACCACCACACAGUCAUGCCGAUGAUUUCGUGGGGGGCCACGAAGUACUACCCCGGGGGCCACGGGACCCUCAUAGGGGUCAUCAACUCGUUCGUCCACAUCAUCAUGUACACGUACUACAUGUUGGCAGCCAUGGGACCCCAAUAUCAGAAAUUUCUGUUUUGGAAACGGCAUAUUACCACUUUGCAAAUGCUGCAGUUCUGCAUAGCGUUCCUGCACUCCUCCCAGCUUCUGUUCUACGACUGCGGCUACCCGCGGUGGUCGGUCGUCUUCACCCUACCCAACUCAAUAUUCUUCUACUACUUAUUCUACGACUUCUACUACAAGGCUUACGGCAAGCCUGCCGAAAGAAUACAGAAUACUGCAGCACCAAAAGAAGAUAAAGAAUACGUGAAACAAGAAUACAAAGUCGCCAAUGGGAUCAAAAACGGGAAGAUCAGUGAUGGAAAGAAAGUGGACUAAUAACGGUGUAAAUACGAAUUUAGAAGUAGGCUACAGGAAUUCUACUGGUUCUCACUCUUCAAGUUACAUGUCUAUGUACAUAUUUAAGGAAAUGUGCUGAUAUAGAUGUGAUAAAAUGGUAUUUCUUAUAAAUAGUCGACUGUUCUUCUUUGUCGAUUAACAUUAUUUUGUUUACGAUUGUUUUGUUUACUCGUGUAUCGUUCGCAAGAUUAUUACUGAUAAAGAAUUUUAAUAAACCUGCCACUUAAAGAAUAUAAUGUAAAAAUUAAUAGGUUUUUCUGACACUUCUAAACUCUCGAAACUUACACGUGUAUAUUUUUUAUAUAAUACGAAUUUAGAAGUAAAAACCUAUUGUAAAUAGAUAUAUUUAAAAAAGUAAACUGCUUUGAUGUCACAGCUUUGAUCAUAAUAGCAUUUUUUUAUAGCAAUAGCAAAAUUUGCGUACAAAAUAAAAUAUGAAUAUUGAAAUCUAUUCAAGUUUACUUUUUAUAAGCACUCAUAGAAUAUUCUAGGGUUUGCAAAAAAAUAAUAUUUUUCAAAAAUAUAAGAGAAUUUUUUUCUCGCCGAGGCUGCGAGGCUACCAUAUAAUUUAUGAACUGAUUGUUUUAACGCCGUUUUUUGCAGAAGUGUAAAGAAAAAGAAAAUAAAAAGAUGUAAAGCCCCCAACACACUAGCCGCGAUCAUGCUCUGUGAUGUUUUCGACGCGCAUCAUGUGUCAAUACUAUCUUGCAUGUGUGAUUGGGGCCUUACUUCUUUACGUCCGUAAUGAUGACGUAUUAAAUACCAUUAAAAUAUGGUGCUGAUUGCAGUUUGUGUUUUUCCUUUAACGAUGUAUGUUAAAAUAUGUUUCUGCCUUCGAUUCUAGCAACUGUGUUAUUAUGUACUUUGUCUAGGGUGAAAUGUUUUAGUUACUUUAUCUUGUAAGGCAAAUGCUCAAUUUUCUAAUGUAGUUGACACAGAAGUGAUGCUUCUGCUAUUAUUGAAAAAUAUGUUACCAGUAUGUAAAAGUUCUAUAUAGCAAUAAAUUUGUUUUUACUGUAUUGAUCUCGUAAAAAUUUUAAAAUGCAAUGAAAGAAGCAUCGUGAACUCUACAACUACAUCCAGAGAAAAACAAACCAGUGUUUUUUAAUGGGAUUUUAGGAAACAGUUCUCGUACUUUUAUAUAAAACUAGCUUUCCGCCCGCGGCUUCGCCCGCGUGGAAUUUUGUCUGUCACAGAAAAACUUUAUCGCGCGCGUCCCUGUUUCAAAAACCGGGAUAAAAACUAUCCUAUGUUCUUUCCCGGGACUCAAACUAUCUCUAUGCCAAAUUUCAUCAAAAUCGGUUGCGAGGUUUAAGCGGGAAAGCGUAACAGACAGACAGACAGACAGAGUUACUUUCGCAUUUAUAAUAUUAGUUGGGAUAGAUAGAUUAUAAUACUAUAUCAUGUGGUCCAUCCUAAUAGACUAAGAGCUAGUGAACACCAGACUUAUGUAGUUUCAUAAAAGCUGAAAGUUUGUCAGCGCAUGCUCCCACAUAGGUAAGAUUUGGGUCAUCGUGGCUUUAGCAGCUACCCUAAAAUGGUUUUCUGGCAAUCAAUGAAGUGGUAGCAGCAAGUGGUAUAAAAUAAAGUAGGUCUGGCGUUCACUAGCUCUAAACCUCGAUUCACACAUAUCAGUGAAGCCACAGUUCCGUCACAGUGUCCGUUCAGUUCAGUAUCAGUGUAGAACUGAUGUGUCAGUGAAAUAUUUUGAAUAUUUUGAAAUGUCAGAGAGCUGUUUCAAUUUUCUUAUUCAGAAACUAUGCACUGAGAGCACUGUGUCGUCACUGACACUGACAAGUGGGGAUGCGUUCAUAGAAACUGUAUGAAAGAAUAUUUCGCACUGUGCCGGUACUGAGCCUGAACUGUGACUUCACUGAUAUGUGUGAAUCGAGCUUUAGUCUAUAAUAGAACAUUUAAUAGACAGUGAUCGUCAUUUAUUUUUACGAGAUCAAUCAAUAAAACUUAGUAGAUAUAUUAUUAAUCGCGUUAAACAAAUGGCAUACAAAGUUGUAUUUAGAGUAGUAAUUAAGUAAGCACAUAUUAAAAGGUAUUUUACUAUUUUAACGUUUCUUCCAAAACGAGAUACAGGACUCUCGAUGGUUGAUAAAUAAUAUAUACGACUCUAGGUACUAAGAUUUAAAAUUUAAAUUUGCUGUAAGCAAUGUAUGACAUUUUAAAAUUCUUGUCAAUUAAUGUGAAAACUUGUAGUUUGUUUAGCAUUUUCAAGCAGUAUUGAAUGUCUUCCAAAUGUUUCUUCUAUUGGACAGCUAAUAGCAGAAGGGUCUUAAAUUGUUAUUGCAUACUUAUCAACUUCCAUAAUGACAAUUUUGAAUUUAUGCUGUACCACUAAGUAAGUAUAAUUUGAGAGUGCAAAGUAUCUAAGAUUAGAAGGUUCAAGGUAGACUUUCGUACACUGACGUUGAACGAAGUUGGACGCGAUUUGUAGUAUAAAUUAUAGAACUUGCGUAUAGAACAUGGUCGCAUGUUCAAUAUCUACGUCGAAUGACGCUUUUGUCAGCAGGCAAGUCUGACGUACUUCUCUGUAUGGCACAAACAUUGGCCUCAACACUGGUGCCAAUGCCAAUCAUCCAACGUGUGGGUCUAGAAAAUAUUAGCACCGACGUUGGAACAUCUUCACGUUGGCUCUGACGGGUUAAGGCUAGGUGUAAGCCAACAUGUGAACGCCCUAAGAAAUUUAUCGCCCAACGUUGUUACAAGCAUUGGUGGCAAUGUGUGGUGUCGGGGUAAGCCAGUAUCUUUGCCAAGCGGUAGGAAAAGUAGAGUUGGUGGUAGAGCUGGAAAAGCUAAGGAUUGAAAAAACAAAAGAUUGCGAAUAAGAUACCAUGAAACCACAUUAUCCACACCUAUUCGGAUGAAUUGUAGAGAGAAAUCUUUAGACUUUAAAGUAUAAGACCCUUUGAAACGUAUUUUUGAUGUUUAGAGUUCGAAUACGAAUAGAUUAGUAAACCUUUGGCCAUUCUUACACUUUCCCGGACAGUAAGGCCCAGAACAGACGGUGAAACGCAACUGCAACGAAACUGCAACUGCUAGUUACUUUUGAGUUGCAUCUAAGUUUCUGCCAUAGCGUCCGUUGAGAGACCACACAUGACGCGACCAGUUUGAAACUUUCAGUUUCAGUUUCAUUCAUCAGAAUGAUCAGAAAGUUGCAGUUUCGUUGCAGUUGCGUUUCACCGUCUGUUCUGGGCCUUACCCAGACACAAUAGAAGUUUAAUUGUUAUGACUAUGCUAGCAGUUCACUGCCCAGGAAAGUGUUAAACGGUUAGUUUGAUUGUAAAUGUAAAUUCAAUAGGUACCUAACAAAUACUACAAAAUACUUUUUCAAAUUAAAAAAUAAGUGACGCAUUAAGAAUUUGACUAUUUAAGUUGAUAAGUGUGCAAUAAUUUAAAUAUUGACUGAACUUAGUCACGAAAAUCUCUGACUGUAAAUUAUUAGGAUUUUCAAAUAACUAAUAGUUGUGUUAAAGGUUAUGAAGUGUACAAUAUUGUAUGAUUUAAAUAUAGGUAUGCGUUAUACAAUA